GGUGGUGGAUCGGCAGGGUCCGCCCCGCGAGCUUCGGGCUCCGCCUCCGCCUGUCCCUCUAGUCCCGGUGCAGCUGCUUCCGGGCUCUGCGGCUCCGGGCGGAUCUGCGAGGCCGCGGCCCGGACGCUGGGCCCGGGAGGGGCUGCAGCGCCUGGACGCCUGGCUCCCCAGGCAGGCCCGCGCUUUGCCUCGCAACCGGGAUCUCCGAGGACAUCUCCGGCCUGACCUCGCGGAGACCGAGUCUCAGCUGCGUGCUCAGGGGCCGGCGGGGCCACUUUAUAGGGUUCAUAGCCCUCUGAAUCAAGGGACGAACGUUGCUGGCUGGAGUUUGCCGGAUACCUCUUCCCUCACUCACCUAACAGGAGACUUCUUCUUGAGCUGCCUUAGGGCAGCAGUUCAGGACUCUCCUGCUCCGGAGCACCUAGGACCCGGGGCCACCUUCCUUCUUUCCUUCCUUCUUGGAUGGAGCACCUCCUCCCCAGUUUCUGGGGCACCUUGGGGCGUAGCCUUGGUGAGUGAAACUUGGGGUGCUGCCUGCUGGGAAAGAAACCUGGAAAGCAGGGAGGACAGUGUGGGGGUGACCCAGGCUUUGUCAGAUCCUGAGACUUUUGGAAUCUUGUGUGUUGGGUGGUGGUGGUGAAUGAACUUGGAUGUGCCUUCCUUUACCUCAAAACUGUAAAGGAAACAAGCCGCUUGACACACUUGAGGCUGCAUGACCAUCCAGGGAAGUGGAGAGCCACUUCUGAAUUCAGAGUAGGACUCACCAGCAGAUACCUGUUCUUCUGAGCCUGAACAGACUGUGGCUUCUGAGGAAACCCUCAGCCCCCAAACCUGAGAGUCUAAGCAGUGCCAGGAAGCAGCCCCAGAAUUUGGGGGCUCAUUACACACCCCAACCAUGUUCCUGCGACAGCUUGGUGGCUGGCUACCUCGCCCCUGGGGCCGCUGGAAAUCAACGAGGCCUGACCUGCCCGCCCCAGAACCCAGACGGAUGGACAGCUCCUCUGAGAAUUCAGGCAGUGACUGGGACAGUGCCCCAGAAACCAUGGGAGAUCUGGGGCCUCCCAAGACCAAGGACUCAGGUGCACAGAGGAGCUCUGGGGCUGCUCCAGAACCAAGCAGGGAGUCCCAAGUUGAGCAACUGGGGUGCAAAAGAAUGGAUUCUCUCAAGUGGGACAAGACUGUCUCUAGCACUCAAGAGUCUGGGAGAUUGGAGGCUGGAGAGACCAUUCCCAAACUAGGAUGGGAUCCUGUGGACUCAGGUAGCACCAGGAAGCCUGGUGUGUCCCCUGAAGAGGGACUGAGUCCCCCUGGGCCUGAAGCCCCAGCGGAGAAGCCUGGCCAGCGUCAGAAGCUGCUGGGUUGGCUGCGGGGGGAAACAGGUGGGGGAGCAGGGGCUCCCUACCAGUACCUGGGGGACCCAGAGGAGUGUCUGCAGAUCUCCACCAACCUGACCCUGCAUCUGCUGGAGCUCCUGGCCUCAGCCCUGCUAGGGCUGUGCUCAAGGCCCUUGCGGGCAGCCUUGGACGCGUUGGGCCUGCGUGGACCGCUGGGCCUCUGGCUGCAUGGGCUACUGUCCUUCCUGGCUGCCCUGCAUGGGCUCCAUGCCGUGCUGAGCCUACUUACCGCUCACCCCCUGCACUUUGCCUGCCUCUUUGGUCUUCUACAGGCCCUGGUGCUGGCUGUCAGCCUCCGGGAGCCCAGUGGGGAUGGGGAGGCCACUGACUUGGAGGGCGAGAAGUUGGGGAGGGAGGGUGAGGAGCAGAGGGGAGACCCAGGAAAGAGGCUGUGACCACACGGUGGGGUGUGGCCCAGGGUCCCACCCUCAGUGGGUUGGGAGCAAGGGUGAAGAUAGUGUGGGGACAUGAUCCACAUUG